CACUGGAGGCGCCAGGGUCAAUUUCCGUAAUUUUGCAACUCCAGAAUUAGUAAUUUUUUAUUCGCUUGCUGAUGUAUCAACCACCAUGUCGCGUCGGAAGCAGGCGAAGCCGCAGCACAUCAGGUCGGACCAGGAUCUAACCUCCGCCGCCGCCGAAAACGGAGCUGCAGGAGAAGGGCACAAGGAACGAGUCACUAAGAAUGGGGAUGCUCACGUCUGUGGUCGGUGUUGUGCGGAGUUCUUUGAACUGCCCGAUUUCCUUCAUCACAAAAAGAAUUGCACUAAGAAACAACUGGUUCUGAUUGUAAAUGAAAACUCAACAGCUCCGUCAGAAACGUCCGCUCCGAGAUCUCCUCCCGAUAAUCCCGUUGAACAAACAAAUGACAAGAUUGAUAACGCGAGUCAAGUAGACUGCAAUGCAUUAGAGCAUAAAAAACUUGACCAAGAAGAAUCCAUGGAGGUGGACACUUCCAGCAUCACUAACAACUGUAACGUUAGCAGUUCCAAUGGUAAUAACAAUAGUAAUACAAGCAGUAAUUAUCCUACAAUGGGUACCGUGGCUGUCACAAUACCUCUACCUCAUAUAGGUGAUCUAACAGCUCUGGGAAAUUUCUCAAUGCUAAACAGUAAUGUGAUCAUUGAAAAUCUUCAAAGUACGAAAGUGGCAGUAGCCCAGUUCUCCCAGGAAACCAGAUCUAACGGUGGAUCAAACAGUAAAGUUGCUGUUCCAGCUCUCAUGGAACAACUACUGGCUUUGCAACAACAGCAGAUACACCAGUUGCAGCUUAUUGAACAAAUCCGUCACCAGAUAAUCUUAUUGGCUUCCCAAAAUGCAGAAAGUCCACCAACGGUCAACUCUUCCCAAGGUACUUUAGGAACUGGUGUUAACCCCUUAACCACACUUAGUUCACAUCUAUCUCAGCAGCUUGCUGCAGCAGCUGGGCUAGCACAGAGCCUUGCCAGCCAAUCUGCCAACAUUAGUGGUGGGAAGCAACUCCAUCUACCUCAGAGCAGCCCUGGAAGCACCACAGCUCAGCCUGGCAGUACUUCUCCUCCAAAAUUAAAUACAUCUUCGCUGUCCAGUACCAUCCAGCCCUCUGAAAAUAUGUCUGCAAAUACCAUCAAUGGGUCUCAGUUAAUCGGUCCUUCAGUAACAACAGCAUCCAUACCAGCUCUUGGAAUUAGCAGUUUACUAAGUCCUGCAUCCAGUUUGUCCAGCUCACUGCUACCUCAGUCCUCCACCUCCACUUCUGUAUUUUCCAACCCUCUGUCGAACAUUGAAACAACUUCAGGAAACCUUGGCCCUCUGACUGCCCUGGCGAAUCAACGGAAAGGCAAGCCACCGAACGUGGUAGUGUUUGAAACUAAAAGCAGCUCUGACGAGGCUUUCUUUAAACACAAGUGCAGGUUCUGUGCUAAAGUGUUUGGAAGUGACAGUGCCUUGCAGAUCCAUUUGCGUUCUCACACUGGAGAGAGACCUUACAAAUGUAACAUAUGUGGUAACCGAUUCUCUACAAAAGGAAAUUUGAAAGUUCACUUUCAGAGGCAUAAAGAGAAGUACCCCCACAUUCAGAUGAACCCCUAUCCAGUCCCAGAACAUUUGGACAAUGUUCCAACAAGUACAGGUAUUCCCUAUGGAAUGUCUAUACCACCUGAAAAACCUGUAAUGAGUUGGCUGGAUAGUAAGCCUGUAUUGCCUACAUUGACCACAUCCGUUGGCCUGCCACUCCCAUCGACUAUAUCAGGUUUGUCUACUCUUAUCAAAUCAGAGGAGAGUCAGUCUAUCUCAGUUAACCCGUUUUCCGGCAGCCCUCCUGGCUCAGUUAAGAGUGACUUGGGAGCAACAGAGCAUUCCGUAAAAAAUGAUCUUCUAGAUGAAGUGGAAGAAAGUGCUUCACCUACCUCAAAUGGUAAAGUAGAUGAAAACACACAAUCAAUUAAUUCUGUCACCAGCUUGGCUGUCCCUGUCAGCUCGAGUGCAUCUGAUUCAGGCCUAAGUAGUACUUCUGCUUUUACAAGCCCUCUUAUACCACUCAUGUCAGACCCAUUUAAGUCAAAGUUUCCAUUCGGAGGUCUCUUGGAUUCCUUGCAGGCUUCAGAAACUUCCAAACUGCAACAGCUAGUAGAAAAUAUUGACAAGAAGAUGACUGAUCCCAACCAAUGUGUCAUUUGCCAUCGAGUUCUUAGUUGCCAUAGUGCACUGAAGAUGCAUUACCGAACACAUACCGGCGAGAGGCCCUUCAAAUGUAAAGUCUGUGGCCGUGCGUUCACCACUAAGGGAAACCUGAAGACCCAUUAUGGUGUUCAUCGUGCCAUGCCACCACUGAGAGUUCAACAUUCUUGCCCAAUUUGCCAGAAGAAAUUCACAAAUGCUGUUGUGCUGCAACAGCACAUACGAAUGCAUAUGGGAGGCCAGAUUCCCAAUAAUCCGAUUGUUGACAACUACCCUGAAUCUAUGGAAUCUGACACGGCUUCAUUUGAAGACAAAAAUAUCGACGAUAUAGAUGACUAUUCAGAUGAGAACAUGGAAGACUGUCCUGACAGUAGUGUACCGGAUACACCAAAAUCUGCAGAGGUGUGUCGAGGCAUUCUGUGCCCUUCACCAUUGCCACUGGAAAUGUCCAGCAUUGCAGCUCUUGAGAAUCAAAUGAAAAUGAUAAACACUGGACUUGUUGAGCAGCUUCAAGCAAGCCUCAAGUCAGGUGAGAAUGGAUCAGCCGACGGAGACCAUAUGACUAAUGACUCUUUUUCAUUGGUAGGGGAUAUGGAGAGCCAGAGUGCUGGAAGUCCUGCUAUUUCAGAAUCUACCUCUUCCAUGCAGGCCCCUUCCCCAACCAACAGCAUCGCAGAUAGUCGUAGGUCAAAGUCGCCAGGCUGCGAAGAGAGACAGCAUGGAACUUUACUGUCUGAUUUAUCCAUCUCAGUGUCUCCAGCCCAUGCCAAUGGUGGUGCCUUGGACUUGACUUCUAGUAACACUGAACGAAUAAUUAAGGAAGAAACUUUAAGCAUGCUGUUUCCCAGUCGAGAGCGGGGUAAGUUGAGAAACACAUCUUGCGAUAUCUGUGGCAAAACAUUUGCUUGUCAGAGUGCCUUGGACAUACAUUACAGAAGCCAUACCAAAGAGCGUCCAUAUAUUUGCACAGUAUGCAGUCGUGGCUUUUCCACUAAGGGUAAUUUGAAGCAGCACAUGUUGACACAUCAAAUGCGGGACCUUCCAUCUCAGCUGUUUGAACCCACCAACUCUAAUAUAGGUCCUAAUCAGAGCUCUUCAAUUGUGGCUGCCAACACUUUGACAUCCCUAAUCAAAACUGAGGUCAAUGGUUUCAUGCAUGGCUGUUCUCAGGACAGUAAGGAUCCACCUGCUAGCCUUAUUUCAUCAGGGCCUCUUCCUCUGUCUGUAUCUGCUGUCUCGCCUGUCCUGCCAGCCCCACAAAGAAGAACUCCGAAACAGCACUACUGCACAGCAUGCGGGAAAGCUUUCUCCUCCUCCAGCGCUCUGCAGAUACAUGAGAGAACGCAUACUGGAGAAAAACCAUUUGCUUGUACUAUUUGCGGAAGAGCUUUUACCACCAAAGGCAACCUAAAGGUUCAUAUGGGGACCCACAUGUGGAACAGUGCUCCUGCAAGGCGAGGGAGGCGUCUUUCGGUGGAUGGGCCCAUGGCAUUCCUCGGAGGGAAUCCUGUUAAAAUCGCAGAAAUGUUUCAGAAGGAUUUGGCUGUUAGGGCUCGUGAUGGAGACCCUUCGUUUUGGAACCAGUAUGCAGCUGCACUAACGAAUGGCUUAGCAAUGAAGACCAAUGAGAUUUCAGUGAUUCAGAACGGUGGGCUUCCUCCAAACAUCGCCAGCCUCGGCAACGGAGGCAGUUCACCCAUCAGUGGUUUAACGGGAAGCAUGGAAAAGCUUAACAGUACUGAACCUAAUGCGCCUCUAGCUGGUCUGGAGAAAAUGCAAACCACUGAAAACGGAACACACCACAGAUUUACCUGUUUUGUGGAAGACGACAAAGAAAUUAUAUCAAACUAAAGCGACAGCGAACAUUCCCAACAAUGGAAGCAAUCUGGAGGCGUCUUUCAAGGCCAAUGGACCACAGUGUUGUGAGAACACAUUUUGUACAAUGCCUAACUUUUAGUGUUGUAUGAAAAACUUAUUUAUUAGUGAUAACCUUGCUUUGCAAACCAAUUGCAAGUGUAAACUACUGGUCUCCAGCAUCUUGACCAAUAUACUAAUGGACUAGAGUGCUUUAAAUAUGUUGUAAGGUUUCCAGCAUUUGCAGAUCUGUUAGGUGAUUUUUGGCCCUGGCAUUAACUUAUUUUAUGAUUUGUGAGUAAACUAGUUUUAACAUGAUUGGUGUUGAUGCAAUGCCUCAGAAACCAUUUGAUCCCUAAGAAAGUUCUGUAUAUAAUGUAAAGUUUUGGUAAUCUGCUGGGGGUAUUCACCAGCAGUCAUUUGUUCAGUCAUACCUUCCAUUAACGAGGAAAAACUGUAAAUUGCAGAAUUGGAAUUGAAUGUUGAUCCCAUUGUUCUGUGGACAGUUUACCUUUUACUGUUUUUAACACCAUGUGAGAUUGCAAAAAGCUUUUUUUGUAGGUUUAACAUUUCUUUUUGUUUCUAAAUGGUUCUUUGUAUUGUGCUUUUUACUUACGUCAUCCAGAGAUAUUGAUGAGUUGAGUAAAAAAAAUGAGCACGAUGGUCAUAGAGGGAAACGCCUGUUAUUGUACCUUAAAAUAAAAUAAAAAAAGAUUUCUGCCCCAUAGGUAUAUUUAGUAUAGAAGAAAAAAAUGUGCUGGACUUUCACAUUGCUGCUACAUAAAUGCAUCUUUUGAACAACUUUGAAGGGAGUAAUAUGAAGCUAUGUAGAUUGUCUUGUGUAUGUGUGUGUUUAUAUAUAUAUAUACAUUAUAUAUAUAUAUUUAUACAUCUCAUAAUGACAUCUGUUUAGGGAAAUCAUUAAUGUAUAUACUGUACCGGUACGUUGCUUAAGACGAGGCUUCAUCUUCACCUACAGACAAGAGAUAGUGUUUUAUUGUGUAAUAAUUUUGUAUUAGGUAUGGAAAAAAAACCUUGUGACUGAUAUAUGCACUUUCUUGGAAAGCUGGAAGAAACAAUCCAGUUUCACUAAAAUUUAAUACCUACUAACAGCUGAGGUACUGUAAUUCUUACUCAUUUAAUCAAAUACAUGAGUUUUGCAACAGC